AUGUCGAACCCGGAACUCGCAUCCAAGAAGAGAAAGAGAAAGCACGGUAGUGCCAAAUCUGCCGAUGCGCCCGCUCCCGUCGUCGCCAAAGAGACCGUCGCCGCCCAGGAUGCUGAAGUAAAGCCGCGCAAGAAGACAAAGACGGCAGAAGCAAGAGCGAAGGAUGUUGAGAAGGAGGGGGAGGUGAACGAGGAAUUGCGCGAGGCUGCCGCUGAGUCUGCAGUCGCCAACGUCAGCGACGACGAGGAAGAGGAGGCAGACGAGAGCAUGGACAACGCAGAGGUGGAGAAGCAGGACAUUGGCGAGCCUUCGGAUCUGCCCUCAGCGCUUGGUGUCUCCCUCCCUGGACAGGAUGCUCUGCCCGAAAAGUUCACCGACAUCAACCUCUCGGACAAAACGCUCAAGGCUCUCGCCGACAUGAAGUUCGAGAAGAUGACCGAGAUUCAAGCAAGAGGUAUCCCGCCUCUUCUUGCUGGCAAGGAUGUUCUGGGUGCUGCAAAGACUGGUUCGGGCAAGACUCUGGCUUUCUUGAUUCCCGCCAUUGAGAUGUUGCACUCGCUCAAGUUCAAGCCUAGAAACGGUAAGCAUGCGCCCACUUGGUUCGUCCUGUCAACUUGUACUGAUUUUCCCGCUCAGNGUACCGGUGUCAUUGUCGUUUCUCCCACUCGCGAACUCGCCCUCCAGAUCUUCGGUGUUGCCCGCGAACUCAUGGCCCACCACUCGCAGACCUUCGGUAUCGUCAUUGGAGGAGCCAACCGUCGCGCCGAGGCCGAGAAGCUGGUAAAGGGUGUCAACUUGCUCAUCGCUACACCUGGACGUCUGCUCGAUCACCUGCAAAACACCCAGGGUUUUGUCUACAAGAACAUCAAGGCUUUGAUUAUCGAUGAAGCCGACCGUAUUCUCGAAGUCGGUUUCGAAGAUGAAAUGCGCCAGAUCAUCAAGAUUUUGCCCAAGGACGAGAGACAGACCAUGCUCUUCUCAGCCACACAGACAACAAAGGUUGAGGAUCUUGCAAGAAUCUCGUUGCGACCUGGACCCCUCUACAUCAACGUUGACCACAGAAAAGAGCACAGUACCGUAGAAGGUCUGGAGCAGGGUUUCAUCGUCUGCCAGCCCGAUAUGCGUUUCCGUCUGCUCUUCACUUUCCUGAAGAAACACCCCAAGAAGAAGAUUAUCGUCUUCUUCUCGUCAUGCAACUGUGUCAAGUACUAUGCCGAACUUCUCAACUACAUCGACCUGCCCGUUCUGGACCUCCACGGCAAGCAAAAGCAGCAGAAGCGCACAAACACUUUCUUCGAAUUCUGCAAUGCCAAACAGGGCACUUUGAUCUGUACUGAUGUUGCAGCCCGUGGUCUCGAUAUCCCUGCCGUUGACUGGAUUGUGCAAUUCGACCCUCCGGAUGACCCAAGAGAUUACAUUCACCGUGUCGGUCGUACUGCCAGAGGUGCCAACACCAAGGGCAAGAGUUUGAUGUUCUUGCAACCCAAUGAAGUUGGUUUCUUGAAGCACCUCGAGGAGGCUCGUGUGCCUUUGACUGAGUUUGAGAUGCCCGAGAAGAAGGUGCUGAACAUUCAGAGUCAGUUGGAGAUGUUGAUUGGCAAGAACUACUACUUGAACAAGGUAAGAAUCAAUUGUUUGCUGUUCUCGAUAAUCAUGAGUGCUAAUAAUAGAUUUCACAGUNCGGCCAAGGAUGGUUACCGCUCAUAUCUUCAGGCAUACGCAUCUCACUCGCUGCGCUCAGUCUUUAACGUCAACGAGCUUGACCUUGUCAAGGUGGCCAAGAGCUUUGGUUUCAACACACCGCCGCGCGUUGACAUGCAAUUGGGCUCAAGCAUGAAGAUGGACAAGAAGCAAGGCGCUCGUCGUGCUUACGGCAGUCAACCCAGACAAGGUGGAAACUACAAGCGUCAACGCCAGGAAUAA